GCUAUUUGAAGGUUGUAGAUGUCGAUGACUUGCCAAUGCUGCUAAUCAUGGCUUCUCAUCUGGUUACUGCCCUUUUACUUUUAUUUAUCAUCGACAUUAAUGUUUCCUUUGCUCAAGUGAGAGUCGAAGUAGCCGAAUUGGGGGAGGUCGUAGGGAACAAUUAUGACUUUGAUGGCAACGUAAUGGAAGAAUUCAUGGGUGUUCCAUACGCAGAACCCCCAGUAGGAGAAUUUCGAUUUGCUCGUCCACGGCCCAAGCUGCCUUGGGAGGGAACACUGAAUGCAAUGACUUUUGGCGCUGCCUGUCCACAAUCACCAGUGGAAGGUCUUGAUGAUCUGUUGAUAAGCGAAGACUGCCUCUUCCUGAACAUCUUCGUACCACCCGCAGCAACCGAAAAUAACAAACUGCCUGUCAUGUUGUUCAUACCAGGUCGAGGAUACCGAGCUUAUUCUGGAUCGGAGUACAUCGGGAGGGAUAUGGCCGUCAAAGGUUCCGUCAUCGUCGUCACCAUCAACUACAGAUUCCUUACAUUCGGCUUCUUCAGCACGGAGGAUGACACCGUACCGGGGAACUACGGACUCUGGGAUCAAAGAUUGGCCAUACAUUGGGUGCGGGAUAACAUCGGAGCUUUCAAUGGUAAUGGGAGUAUGAUUACCAUUGUUGGCCAAGGGCGUGAGGGAGCUACAGGAGUUGUAGCUCAGACCCUUACUCCUUUAAACGAUAAUAACUUGUUCCAAAGAGCUAUUAUCCAGAGCAGCACGUCAACCGAUGCUUCCUAUAUCAGUUUUGAGGGUCAGGCUAGGAGGUUGUCCAAUAUCGUCAUUAACACCCUGAACUGCAAUGAAGGAUCAUGGACAAAAAAUCUAGCUUGUCUUCGGAAUAAAACAUGGGAAGAAAUCGUAGCUGUCGAUUACACCGCUCUCGAGGGUGCUUACUUUGAACCAAGGAUUGAUGGGCUCUUCUUUCCUCGAACCCUCGAUAAUCUUCUAGAUAUGAAUCUUACACACCAAUAUGACAUUCUGAUGGGAGUCAACAGUGACGAAGGGGCAGCGCUAUUAAACGGGUACGUCGAUGUCAAUGAAGCAUUUCAGACUGUCCAGGAUGUAUCGAACUUUGCUUAUUACGAUACUAGGCAGAGGUACAGAACUGAUGACCAGGCAUUACUUGCAAUGAAGGCCAUCGAUUACAGGUACGACGGUCCUCUUCUAGAUCUCCCAGAUGCGCAAAGCGCAAUACGCUUUAUGUUUGAUAUGUACGCUGAUCGGUCCUACCUUUCUAAAACCAUUCAACUCUUGCGCAAUCACCAGAGGAGCGCCGAAACAAAUGCAUAUCUGUAUUACUUUGACUACGUGGACACCAACUAUAGACUGAUAGAUGACCCUCUUCGGGAUCCAAACAGGGCAGUUCAGGGCGAGGAAUUGUUCUACCUCUGGGAUUCGAUUUUCGGCAGAGAGACAGCCUUGAAUGCUCCGCCUGGAAGUACGUCCGAGUCAGUUCGUGAGGUUAUGAUUCAAUAUUGGACCAACUUCGUAAAAAAUGGAGAUCCAAAUACUGACGAUCAGCCCCAAGCCUGGCCCAAGUUUAGCGAUGACACCUCUGAGAGUUAUCUCGUGAUCUCUGACACGAUUGGAACAGGUGAGACACUACGGAACGAGUAUGUCGACUUUUGGUUGGACUAUAUUCCAGAGCUUACCCGCAUUGAUGAAGAUGAAACAUGCUCUUUGGCCGCACAACCUUCAGAUAUCUUACGUGGUGCUGAACCAGAAACAAGUAAUUUCGUGAUUGUCAAUGUCACGAGUGGAAACUCUGAGUUGGGGCAGGUUCGAGGCGUCCUACGCCGAGCAGACGAUGGUGUUGGUGGUCGGGAAAUAGGAAUUUUCCGAGGUAUUCCAUAUACGUUGGCACCAGUCGGCGAAAGGAGGUUCCAGUAUUCUGAAGUCCUUACUAAUUGGGGCGAAAAUAGUAUCCUAAAUGCGACGGAACCGACAGCAGCUUGUCCACAGGCCCCGUCUCCUAUUCUUGGAGCUUCUGAAUACAGCGAGGACUGCUUGCAUCUCAGUAUAUUCGCACCUGUGGUAGAGGAAACCAAACAAGGUAGUCUUCCUGUCAUAGUUUAUAUUCACGCUGGUCAGUUCCGCUCAGGCAACGGUGUUGUCUUUGAUGGAAGUACUCUUGCUUCUUAUGCUGAGGCAAUAGUGGUCACUCUAAACUACCGGAUUGGAGCACUGGGUUUUCUCUCAACAGGUGACGAAGUCGCCCCUGGCAACUACGGUAUCAUGGACGUUGUUACAGCCCUGAGGUGGAUUCAACGAUACAUUGGCAGUUUCGGCGGGGACGCUGGCAAUGUCACUGCCUUUGGAAUGGGUUCUGGAGCUCAAAUAGCUCACUUGAUUUCAUUAAACGGACUCAAUGAUAGACUAAUGCAUAAAAUAAUCGCGCUUGGCGACUCUGUUUUAUCGCCCACUAUGUUGACAAUCGUGGAGCGAGAUCCACUCCCGUUUGCUGUACAGCUCGCGACUGCCCUAGAUUGCCCUUCAGAAACGAACACUGAGCUAGUCGCAUGCCUUCGAACCAAAUCAACUGCAGAUAUCCGACAGGCUCCUGUAGGAGGAAGCAACUUAUUUACAACUUCGUUUGCCCCUGUAAUAGACGGAAAGUACCUUAAAGACUCUGCCGAUAACAUUUUAGUCUCGGGUAACUACGAAACAAUCCCCAUACUCGCAGGAGCAAGUGAAUGCGACAAUACCAUCAUCACUGCUCUAUACCUUAACGAAUCUGUUUCUGAUGGGUGCCCAGAUCAACGCUUUGCAGGAGCUAUCAUCGACAACGCUGUAGAUAUUUUCUACGAAGGCAGGGACGAGUUCGCCUCCCUGUUUAAGAUGUUCUAUCUACAGAGUGAGCUCUCCCCGACUGUACCGAAUCCAGACUGCAAAGUUGGGCAACAGAUCAGUGAGUUCCUGAGCGAUAUCUGGCUCAACCUCCCUCUGAUGCAGACGGGGAAACUGAUGGCGAAAUUUGACAAGGAGAUGUAUCUGUAUUCCUUGACCUUUCAUGCCAACGACCAUGUCUAUCAACCGUUCCUACCACCAUGGGUAAGGACGUCCUUCGGUGAUGACUUCCCCUUUGCAUUUGGUUGGCCAUAUGACAGCCAGAUGAUCCUUCAGAGUAGCUAUGGUUACAGCCCGGUCGACAGGAAAGUUGCCAUCAACUUCAUGGAAAUGAUCUCAACGUUUGCCAAGUCAGGUAUUCCAUCAGCCAAUCCUACUGACCCUGAUUCAGUAUGGCAACCUUACGACCCACUCCGAUACAAUGCUCUCCAGCUGGACUCCUGCCCAACCGAAGCACCCAUUCCACGCGCCGAGGAGAAAGACGUCUUUUGGUACACUGUCAUAUCUGGCUUGAAGGAGACGCUCCUUGACGACGAAGUUGAAGAUCCGGCUCCGACAGUUUUCGUUAAUAGUUUCAUUGGCUUGAAAAUGACGGUGGCCCGAGCAGGUCGUACCAUCGGUGCACUGGUGAUCACACUGGGGGUCAUUGCGGGCUUAAUAUUUCUAGCGAUCUUCAUGAAACUAUGCUUGGUCUUUAAUCGUUCAAACAAUAAACCAGUUUAACAUGUGUUUAAUAUAAUGGCCAUCUCUGCCACCCGACGACGUACGAUCAAUUCAAAUCUUAAGAAUUAACAUAGAUAGUGCUUUCUCUAAUUAGAGUAGAUAAAAUUACUUCUGACAUGAUAGUCCCCAUUAAUCCUCCCAAAAAUACAAGAAAUAUGUCCCGUAAAAUCCGUUUGUCAGGCGUCAGCAAUAUAGGGAGUUUUCGCAACAGCACGUUUUGUAGUACGUAGAGAGAUCUUUCACGCCAAUGGAGUCUUUGUCGAGGGUCGGUGAAAUAGACGUGAAGCAGAUGUUGCGUCCGUGACUCUAGACAACCACAUAUUUGCAAUUUGUCGUCAGCUCCGAAACAACAGACGAAAUUAC